AUGUUGGACAAGCUGGGUGGGACCUACGCUCCCCGUCCUUCCCCCGGUCCCCACAAGCUCCGUGAAUCGCUCCCCCUUACCAUCUUCCUCCGCAACAGGUUGAAGUAUGCCUUGACUGGACGCGAGGUUACCGCCAUUGUCAAGCAGCGAUUGAUCAAGAUCGACAAUAAAGUUCGAACUGACCCUACCUACCCCGCUGGCUUCAUGGAUGUCAUCUCGAUUGAAAAGUCUGGCGAGCACUUCCGUCUCCUCUACGACGUCAAGGGACGCUUCACCAUUCACCGUAUCACCCCCGAGGAGGCCACCUACAAGCUCCUUAAGGUCCGCAAGGUCGCCCUUGGAGCCAAGGGUGUCCCCCAUAUCGUCACCCACGACGGCCGUACCAUCCGAUACCCUGAUCCCCUCAUCAAGGUUAACGACACCGUCAAAUUCGACCUCGAGCAAAAUAAGAUUACCGAGUUUGUCAAGUUCGACACGGGCAACAUUGUCAUGGUCACUGGUGGACGUAACAUGGGUCGUGCUGGUGUCAUUGUGCACCGAGAGAAGCACAUUGGUGGUUUCGAUAUCGUACACGUGAAGGAUUCGUUGGAGCGAACAUUCGCUACUCGUGUCACCAACAUUUUCGUCAUCGGUGAGGGUACGAAGCCUUGGAUAUCACUGCCCAAGGGCAAGGGCACCAAGCUUACCAUCUCGGAGGAACGUGAUGUCAGGAGAAAGCGCGCUGCUGAGCAAUAA